UUUUUCUCUUUUCUCUGUCCUCUCUCCAGUGUGGCAGACCUUGGAGAAUUGUGACCGAGAAGAUGAGAGAUGACAACAGCGGCACAGACACGGCCAGCUCUUCGCUUCUGAUCCAGGACUCCCAUUGUCCAGUCGCCGUGGUCAUCCAAUCAGGAACAGUGGCCAGUUGCUGACGUAGACGCUGUCUGCCACGCCGAGAAGUCGGUGCCCGGGAGUCGCUGGAAGUCACACCGGUGCUAAUUAGAAGUCAAGGUGUUCUUGAACUGCUGACUGUCGGCUUAAUCCAGGUGCUGAUUGACCUGUGGAGGGAUAUCUCACACCGUUUUUGUCGUCUGCGAGACUUGUAAAGAUCUGGCAAAGACGUGACCUCGCCGCUGUCAUCGUGGUUUUGGUGUAGAGUGUGCCACGGAGAUCAGUGUGUCGUGUUUAUCACCUCCCCUUCCUACACUUGAUCUACUUGUUGACGUUGACAGAUUUAGGAUAAACUGUUCGGGAGGAUCAAAUGUCGGCGCUGAAAUAAUCCCUGUAAGGGUUCCGCGGUUGUCUUUUGCUCCAGGUGGGAUUUGUGGAAGUUGCGUUCUGACGUCGGCUGUAGGUCUCAGUUGUCGCUUGGCCUCACAGCAACCUGCCCGUGAUCCUUUGCGGCUGUGAACUGACUCGGUGACCGUCUAUUGGAGAUAUUUGCUACAGUGACAGACCAGUCUGCGUGGAUUGGCAACCGUAAAGAGCUCGAGCCCCUCUCCCUCCGCCCUCCCUCCUCCCCCCUCCCUCCCGGCCCGUAGAGGCGUCACUAGAGGGCUCUGGCUCCCUGCCCCUCCUCCUCGCCUCUGUGCAUGUGGUGGGGAAAGCGUAUGUCGCCCUGGUCGUGUGGGCGUGCGCACAGGCUGCUGCCAUUGCCACUGUCACUACUACUGUCACUGCCAUACCCACUGUCACUGCCACUGCCAUACCCACUGUCACUGUCACUGCCACAACUGUCACAGCUGCCAGGCCAGACCGACACUCAUGAGGAGUUCCGGUCCAGAGGAUGAGCACCCCCUGUCUGUUGAUUCUGGCCCGUUGCUGCUGCACCUGCGUUCUCCUGCUCUCUUGUCUCGCCGCCUCCUCCUCCUCCUCCUUCCUAGCCACCGCUGCACCAUCAUCUAACGUCACCACCACCUCCAGCACAGCUGCUGCUCUCAACGACAAGCCCUUGUCCUUUCCAACAGGGCGGAGGAUUAGAGACUUCCUCACCGCGCCUUCCUCCUCCUCCUCCUCCUCGUCGUCUUCUACCAGCCACUCUAGCGAGAACAACAACCCUCGUAGUCGCUAUCAUCUACCCCCCUCGGGGUCGGAGUCGUUGACAUCAUCGGAGUCUUCAUCGUCCUCCGCCUCUCGACAAAGUGACGAAGACUCAAAGAAUUCUCUCUCGGAUAUUGCGUCUCCUUCUCAAGACAAAUGCCAGUACAACCUGACACGGACCAGCGUCCCCGUACACGUCCACUACCGCGGGUUCCGGCGCUGCCAGUACUUCAUCUGGGCCCCGGCCCACCACGUCAUCCUGAUCAACGUCUCCCACUUCCACAGCCGAGCUGACAUGCCGGUGGCCGAGAGAGGGCGCCACCGUCACCACCACCACCACCACCACCAUCACCAGCAGCAGCACCACAACAGCAACAACAACAACAACAACAACAACAAUAAGCUAGCUGAGAGAAGGAAGGCGUCACUAGGAGUCGGCUCAUCAGCGCCGGUGUUGGCUGACGGCAAUAACAACAACAACAACAACAACAACAACAACAACAACACCGCUUCUUCUUCGUCUUCUUCCGCCUUCUCCGAGGCCGCUCACGCUACAAAGUCACCGUUGUUUUCAUCGCCAUCAUCAUCAUCUCCAUCAUCGUCCUCCUCCUCCUCACCGUUUCUGGCGUCGGCCCCUGAGAGUUUAUCGCCCCUUUUAUCAUCAUCAUCAUCAUCUUCUUCUUCUUCGUCGUCGUCGUCGCAAGUCGAUUCCUCUUCUCAGCAAGAAGGAGGUAGUCGAGGAGUCGCGGACGAGACAGCGAGAGGUCGGCUCGCCUCCUCCGCAUCCUCCAAGAGGUACAUGCCCGCACGCCCACGCCCGUCAUCGGCUGCUGGCGAGCAUCGCUUCGCGGGAAGUUCCAACUCGGGCGAGAGCAGUUCCGGAGAUCUCCUCCGCUCACAAGGGACGACCACCCACGACACUGCCUCCGGGCUGACGGACGCUGUACAGGACGAACACAGCAGCAACAGCAACAACAGCAACAGCAACAACAACAGUGGUAGUAACGUUGUUGCAGACCCUGAGAACUCUGCGAAAAGACCCACGAGACACGAAGAAGUUAGUGCUAGUGAGGAACUCGCGUUAGAGUUGGACACUUCACGGAGGAAAACGAGUGUGGACAGUUCUAUUUCUGAGAUUGGCGCGGAGAGUUCUUCUGAGGGCAAACACGAGCCACCCUGUGUGGUCAAGAUGUAAAGUGUGCCUUCACGUGUAGUGAGCACCUGUGUCUGGUCAGUGACCAGCUCUGUGAUGGCCUGGACGACUGUCCUGACCGCUCAGACGAGCUGACCACAGUGUGCCCGACAGCCGGACCCAGGAACUUGGGCGCUCAGACGCCUUCUGGUGUGUCGGUCGACGUCCGGCUCUGUCCAGGAGUCAGGUCAAUACGACCAGAGUGUGGCGCUGUUGGAGGACCGUCACCACAACCACCAGCAUCACCACAACCACCACCACCAUCAGCACCACCAACACCACCCAAUGACGGUCGCAGACCCCGCGCCGAGCCUACACUGCUCGGAGAGAGAACAGCUGAUUCAGCAACAGCACUCGACCGAGUCCUCGUCUGGGGGCGGUGGGGGUGGGGGUACCGGGAGACUAUGCUCGCUGGACCUGUGUCGGAGCAACGGCUCUCAGGCCAGGCACCAGAGACUCCACGGCCCUCAAAAGCCGUACCCCGGACCUUCGUCGUCUGUGGGUGAGCAGUUCCCGCCCCACGUCCCCGCGUCUGGCGACGGGGAGGAGGGAUAUGUCCAGGCCCAGCGGUCGCUCUACGCCAAGAAACAAGUGCAUAACUUAUCGUGGCUGGAGGAGCUCAACGUUCUACGACCUCCGCCCAAUAAGACGGUCCACGACCGCGACUCCCCGCCGCCCCCCUACUGGUUGGUAUCCCCGACGGCCCACAGUUUGGACUCGCUCAUCCCGAGUGUUGAGGUGGGUGGUCGGCGGGCGUCUCAACGUGGGACCGGAGGACAGGACUCGCCCCCCGGACUCGCCCCCCGCUCCCACAGCCUGUCCUAUCAGCGCCAGGCCAGUGUUCAGCACAGCCACUUGAUAGGCAGGCCACCCGCCGGCCCCCCGAUCCCUCGAGCACAACACGCCCACCCGCGACAUCAGCUGCCCCCAGACUACCACAGCCUGGUCCCGGCAUCUUCUGACCGCGUCGUACAGCCAGCGAGGACAACGGAACAUUAUGACAGGCUGCCCAACCGUACGACCCCCGCCACUACGACCCCCGCCAGUACGACCCCCAACCCCACGACCCCGGGCUCUAUGACCCCCAGGACCCCUGGCUGGAACUAUAUGUCGGGUCAUGUCCAGGCUCAGCCCCCUAGUGCCCGUGUCGCGUCGAGAGAUGAGGUGGUGCUAGAGAACGCUUCCAGGGACUCUGUGGAGCUGGCUACCCACAAAUCUAUUAAUAGAUUUCCCGAUGGGAAGGCGAACCCCGCUCUGCCUGCUCCGUUGCUGUCCAGCUCUUGUGUGUCCCCGUGCGCGGGCGCGACUCCGUCGAAAACCACGGGGGGAUCAGAGACCUUGACCUGUCGGCCCAACCAUCGUGAUAAUCAGCAGUGGCUGCACACCAGGUCGUCACCACCAUCAGCAUCAUCAUCAUCAUCAUCAUCAUCGUCGUCGUCGUCCGCAUCUUCGAAUUCGGCAUCGCCGCCAGCAUCACAUGUUUUGUCAUUUCCACCGUCAUCAUCAUCAUCAUCAUCUGUACCUCACCCGCCCUCAGCCCUGCCCGCUCAGCACACCGGCUCACCUCCCCGAACUGCUCAGCUCAUAGACUCCGCCUCCCCCCCACCCACUCAGCACAUAGACCCCGCCUCCCCUCCACCCGCUCAGCACAUAGACUCCGCCUCCCCCCCUCCCACUCAGCACAUAGAUUCCGCCUCCCCUCCACCCACUCAGCACAUAGACCCCGCCUCCCUUCCACCCGCUCAGCACAUAGACCCCGCCUCCCCUCCACCCGCUCAGCACAUAGACUCCGCCUCCCCGCAGUCAUCCUCUCAGCUCACUGGAUCAGCUUGCAGCCCGCCUGUCCGUCACACAGGCUCCGCCCCCAGCGAUAACGCCCCAAGGGCGGAGCGUGGCAGAACGGAUGCCCCUCCACUCCCCCGAGAAGGCUCCAGUGACAUCUGUGUGUCAGGCCGUCGUGGUACAGAAGCCGAGCCCAGCCCUCUACCCUCCCCGUCAUCCCCGUGUGAGUGUUCGUCAUCAUCUGUGGCUCCGCCCUCCUCCUGUAUAGCCCCGCCCAUCAGUCAUUCAGCCCCUUCCAGCGGCCCAGGGAAAUGCUUCUACUGUUGAAGAGACGCUCUCGGAGGAGUACAUUCUGUGGCAACAGGAGGGACUUAGCCGCGUGUGAGCGGGGAGUUGUUCGUAGUUUUCCUGUGCCAGUCACAGACGCUAGGCAUCAGAUGAUCAGUCCGUGGGGGGAUGCGAACUCAUUUCAAAGGAUUCAGGAGACAUGAGAUGCGAGAAAGCACGUAGAGGCCAAGUGGUUCCCCCCCCCCUCCCUGUAGUGUGAGGAAGGCGCUGGUGUCAGUGUGAACGACAUUUCCCUCCCUUCUGUGUCUGGCAGUGUCAUUGGCCGCCAAAGUCAGUACAGUGCCACCUUCCCCUCAACGGGGAAUAUCUAUAUUUAAUAUAUAUUCUAUCUAUAUAUAUACAUAUAUAUAUAUAAAUUAAUUAUGGUUUGAAUGGAAAUAAUGCAAGCCCUAUGGUAUGUUGAGGGAUAAUAAAAGCAGUAUUUCUAGUUGCGUGCACGUGCAGUGGUGGAGAGGUCUGACGCAGUGGACAAUCACGAGAAGACGACGGGAAGUUGCCCCGUUUCUCCGCCUUGCAGUCAGCCAUGUUGGUGAAAGCGACAGACAGCAGACGGCCAUGUUGAUGAGAGCGGCAGACGGCCAUGUUGAUGAGAGCGACAGACAGCCAUGUUAAGAGCGAAGCUAUCGGAGCCGUGGAGCCUCAGAGUGCUCGCCGUUUGGAUGGUUGGCCUUAAAUUAUGGUAUCAUGAGGUUUUUGAAAAAAGAGCAUCGUGAGAGAGAGAGAGAGAGAGAGAGAGAGAGAGAGAGA